ACACUUAAAAACAACUGUCACUCGAUCAUGCAUACAACGGGAAUAAAGGAACACAUAAAAGGAGACAGAAACUUGGGAAAUCCUUCGGCUAAGGGAAGACAAACUGCACUGAGGUUUAUCUCCAUGGAGAAAUCCACGGACAAGCUAAGCAGUGAGAACGAAUGGACAGCUUCUGGAGUACCGCAGGCUGAGAAGGUUAGUCCUGCUCCCACUGCAGGGGCUGCAGGAAUGAGCGGAGCAGGACCCCACGCAGAAAUUGCUCCUGAUGUGGAGAGAUUGGCAUUCACUGAGGGACAUUCCAAAGAACUGGAGAGCUCUCCAGGCACGGAGCUGGACAGUCCUGAUGCCUUGAAAGCAGCGUUUUCAGAAGGAGACGGUCUGAAUGCAGCAUCUCUCGCUAUGGUAACAAACCCAAGCUCUCCUGAGGUACGCAGUUCUGAAAGGAAUGACCAGACUUCACCCACAUCAUCUCUUGCAGACAUGGACUGCCUGGUCUGCUUCAACAAGUACAACAUUUACCGGGUCCCAAAGCUCCUGGGCUGUCAGCAUGCUUUCUGUGCGGUCUGCCUCAAGCUUAUCCUCAGGAAAGAAGAGAACACCUGGGUAAUCAGCUGCCCCCUGUGCAGAAAAAACACAUUUGUGUCAGGAGGACUUAUCCGCACGCUCCCAAAUAAAGAGGAGAUCAUGGACCUCUUGGAACACCCCGACUCAUGUCCCGAGGUACACGUCUCUGGCAUAGGGCUGGAUAGCAGCAGCUGGGCUCAGAGCAGCCAGGACGUUUUAAACAGAGACCAAACGAUUCCAGCAGACAACAGACUGGCUGUGCAGAGACUUGUGCUGCUCUUGCUGCUUUUGGUGAUUCUUACCAUCCUCAUCCUCCCGUUCAUAUACUCUGGGAUGAUAAAAUGGGUCAUUUGUAUCAUGCUGACUUUGGGGUUGGUCAUGUCUAUGGUGCUUUGCUGCACUCCUAAAUUUUAUUGGAGCUGUAAUGGAAGCUCACUCAGGUCCUGCCACAAGGAGACCCACAUUGCUGCUAUUGCCUGAAACAAGGUGAGAUGCCUGGAGAUAAUGACUGGUUCCCCUUGCACACCUCAAUGUCAGAAGCCAGUUACUGGACUUUGAAAGCAAACACAUCAUAAAUUCAAAGCUUCUGACAUACCCCUAAGGCUGAAUGGCUAUGCACAGUGCUGUUUCAAUUUUAUUACUGAAAACAUAGAAAAACAUUUGUAUGCUGACAUUCGUAAGAGUAAAUUGUAAGCCUGCCCCACAGCUUUUAUCCCAGAUUAAUAAUUAUUUUGUUUUGCUUUGGUCAUUUUGUUCUUGUUGGUGUCAUCUCUGGAUUACUGCUGCAGAACAUUAUCUGAAACGUCUGACACUGAAAAUCUGUCCCCACUGCUGUGUUUUCCUGCUCUCUUAACAUACCCACACCUCUUCUUGUGAUAAUGUGGGGAAUUAGCCUGAUAAUCUGGGACUGGACAACUAGCCUCAAUGGAAGAGGGCAAUUUUAACCCAGUUUAUCACCUUAAUCUGUAUCAUGGACCAAAAGGUUGUUGUCAGGGGUGGGAAGGUGGGGCUGGGAGAAGGCAGCAUUGGUUGUUGCCAUCUUAAGUUGCAUGCAAAACUAGAGUAAGAGGCAAAAUCAACACUUUUAAUCUUGAGUCCACAACUUACAAAGGGCAAAGCUCUGAAAAGCUCAUGAUAUUCCAAGCUCCCUGUGCUAUUUAGCACAGAAAUGGUUCCUCUCAGCUGCACUCCUCUAUCCGGCUUUCUGUACCACCUCUCCUCUUGCUCUCUUUGCAUUAAGUGUGACACUGCCAUCGGAGGUGCCCACAAUUCUCCUUGUAGAGAUAAAAAUAAAUCUAUCAGAUGUCAUGCUAUGCCAAACCUGAUUUUUUUUAAUAUAUAUGGAAUGUGUCCAUUAAAGUUUAAUAAUGCUAA